AUGACCCAACUGCCUUUCCUCCCGCCAACCGCGCCCGCACCAGCAGCCCACGGCCCGCCUCACCUCGAGCAGCACCAGCAGUCGUACUACCAGGUCGCGCAAGGCGCGCGGCAGGGCGGCGAGGUCGCGGUGCCGGCGGGCUCGGCGCUCCUCGGAGGCGGUGCAGCUCUCGGCGGCGUCGGCUACGCGGCGCAGCAGGCGCCCGCACACGGGCCGCCGCAUCCAGGCGUCGCUGGCAGCCUGUACACGUCGGCUGCACCGGUCCCGCUCGUUCCGUCCUCCUCGGCGCAUCCUCCAGCCUCGACCGCCGCCGCACCGCUGCCCGCGCACGACGCCCUCGCCGCGCACCACCGCUCCCUCGUCGCGUACUACUGGCUCUACGCCCAGCAAGGUUACGCCGCGCCGCUCACGGCGCUCGAGGGCACGGUCGAGCGCGUGCAGCAGGAGCGCGCACGCACCGAGGCCGUCGACUGGGCGAGGUCGUGCGGCAUCGUCGUCGUCGACCCGGCGGCACCUGUGCCUGCGGUUGCGCAGCAGCAGUACGCGCAGUCGACGGCGUCGGACGCGGCGCGGGCGAGGACGGUCUCGAGGCCGCUGCCGGUGGCGCCAGCUGGCGCGCCCGCAGGUCCGGCGCCAAGCGGGUCGGGCCGCCCUCUUCCUGCGCCCGCCGCACCCGCCGCAUCCUCAUCAGCACCACCUGUCGUCAUCGGGACCGCACCGUCAGCCGCGAGAGCACCCCUUCCAGCGGCGCCCGCUCCUCCAGCCCGGCGCUCGACCCUCCCGGAGCCGCCAUCACCCUUCCCUCCUCCCACGUCGUCCUCGCCGGCUGCCGACUCGCCCUCGCCAGCCGUCGCCCCCUCGCACAAGCGGCCGUUGCCCCUCCCGCCGCUCGGGCAGCUCGCCGCCGAGCUCGACUCGAUGAGCAUCUCGGGCUCGGCGCCGCACGACGAGGCGGCGCGGGCGACGUCGUCGGUCCCGAGCAUCGCGCUCCCGGGCGAGGCGGCGCAGCCGUCGAUCCCGACGUUCUCGUUCGACGGCGGCGACGCGGACGAGGACGAGCCGCCCGCGACUGCGCCGGCUGUCCCGUCGUUCUCGUUCGGCGGGCCCGACGACGACGAGUCGCCUCCGACGGCGCCUGUACCGCCACCUCGGCGGCGUGCGGCAUCGCUCCAUCCUCGACACGACCCGUCGCACCCGUCGCACAAGCUGUACCACCCGACCUCGGUCCUCCCCUCCUCGUCCUCCUCCAGCGCAUCCAGCGCGUUCCCCUCGUCCUCCGCAUCCGCCACCAUCGCCUCCCUCCCCGAGGCCGGCACCCUGACCUGCACCGCCUGCGCGUCGCUCAUCUUUGGUCGCGUCCUCGUCGCGCUCGGGCGCGAGUGGCACCCGGACUGCUUUCGGUGCGCCGAGGACGGGUGCGGCGCGAGGCUCGAGGUCAUGGAGUUUGAGGGGACGCCGGAUGACUGGGAGGGAGGCGAGGGGGCGGAGGAGCAGGAUGAGGAAGGAGGAGAGGGCAAGUCGGCGGGCGAGGACCUGAGGGGCAAGGCGUGGUGCAUGGUCCACUUCGAGGAGCGCUUCGCCCUCGAGUGUUACCAGUGCCGCACCCCGAUCGCGUCAGCCGACUACCUCCCGCUCUCGGACCCUCUCCUGCCCCCUCGCGCGUCGUACCGCCACCCCUCGACGCGCUUCUACCACCCGCUGCACUUUUUCUGCGCAGGGUGCGGCGACCCGUUCGUCGACCCGGUGUCGUACGAGCUGCAGCGGGCUCCGUCGAGCGCGGCGGCGGCAGGAGGAGGAGCAGGAGGAGCGGGAGGGGCAGGGGGAGCAGGCGCGGGCGAGCUCAAGGCGUGCCCGUACGUCGCGAGGGACGGGCACCCGUACUGCGACCGGUGCGACCUGCGCAUGUGGCGCCCCAAGUGCGCCGGGUGCCGCAAGGGCCUGCGCGAGGAGGACGGGUUCCUCGAGGUCGAGGGCGACAAGUGGCACGAGGGGUGCUUCCAGUGCUCGAUGUGCGCCAAGCCGCUCAACGGCAUCUACCUCCUCCGCCGCGAGCCUCCUCCACCUUCCGCCUCUCCCGCCGCCGCCGCUGCCGACACCGACGACGACGACAUCGACGAGCUGCCGUUCUGCGCCGAGUGCUACGACAUCAAGGCCAAGGAGGAGGCCGAGGCGGCGCUCGCGGCGGCGAGGUGAGGAGGGUCGGUCGCAGAGGGGCCAGGCGAGUCGAGAAUGGACACUGCGGG